AGCCAAUCAACGGUCACAAGAUCAAGGCGCAGCCUUCUUUCUCACCCAAUAACAGACGUUGUGGGCGGGCUUUGAAUGACAGCGAUUCAGAACGAGGAACUAAACAGCUUUUGGCAGCAGAAUCGGAGACAUGUGUGGCAUCUUUGCGUAUCUGAAUUAUCACGUGCCUCGCACUCGCCGUGAGAUCCUUGAGGUCCUUAUCAAAGGUCUGCAACGCCUGGAGUAUCGUGGCUAUGACUCCGCAGGUGUGGGCAUUGAUGGGGGAAACAGUAAGGAAUGGGAGACCAACUCCAAGAGCAUCCAACUGAUCAAACAAACAGGAAAAGUGAAAGCCUUGGAUGAGGAAAUCCAUAGGCAACAGGAAAUUGAUCUUGAGGUGGAGUUUGACGUGCACCUGGGAAUCGCUCACACUCGAUGGGCCACUCAUGGCGUCCCCAGCCCUGUCAACAGCCACCCGCAAAGAUCAGACAAGAACAACGAGUUUAUUGUCAUCCAUAAUGGAAUCAUCACCAACUACAAAGACCUGAAGAAGUUUCUGGAGAGUAAAGGUUACGAGUUUGAGUCUGAGACAGAUACAGAGACCAUCGCUAAGCUGGUGAAGUACAUGUAUGACAACCGGGAGAGCGACAUCACCUUCGCCACCCUUGUGGAACAAGUCACCCAGCAACUAGAAGGAGCUUUUGCGCUUGUCUUCAAAAGUGUGCACUAUCCAGGAGAGGCAGUGGGCAGCAGGAGAGGAGGUCCAUUACUGAUUGGAGUUAGAAGUGACCACAAGCUUUCCACGGAUCACAUCCCUAUCCUGUAUCGCUCCUCUGGUAAAGAUAAAAAGAGCUGUAAUACUCUGCCCAGGAUGGACCAGGACACGUGUCUAUUUCCGGUGGAUGAGAAAGCUGUGGAAUACUACUUUGCAUCUGAUGCCAGUGCUGUCAUCGAGCACACCAAUCGGGUCAUCUUCCUCGAGGACGAUGAUAUUGCAGCUGUGAGUGACGGCCGUCUCUCCAUUCAUCGGAUUAAGCGCACAGCGGGAGACCAUCCGGCCCGCGCCAUCCAGACCCUUCAGAUGGAACUGCAGCAGAUCAUGAAGGGAAACUUCAGUUCCUUCAUGCAGAAGGAGAUCUUUGAGCAGCCAGAGUCAGUGGUCAACACCAUGAGAGGAAGAGUUAAUUUUGAGAACAACACAGUGAUCUUGGGAGGGCUGAAAGACCACAUUAAAGAGAUCCAGAGAUGUCGAAGGCUCAUCAUGAUCGCCUGUGGGACCAGUUACCAUGCUGGAGUUGCAACACGUCAGGUACUGGAAGAACUGACUGAACUUCCUGUCAUGGUGGAGCUGGCCAGUGAUUUCCUGGAUCGAAACACACCAGUCUUCCGAGAUGAUGUGUGCUUUUUCAUCAGUCAGUCAGGAGAGACGGCAGACAGCCUGCUGGCUUUGCGCUACUGUAAGGAGAGAGGAGCUCUGACAGUCGGCAUCACCAACACUGUGGGCAGCUCCAUCUCAAGAGAAACAGACUGUGGCAUUCACAUCAAUGCUGGCCCAGAAAUUGGUGUGGCUAGCACCAAGGCGUACACAAGUCAGUUUGUGGCUCUCAUCAUGUUCGCCCUGUUGAUGUGUGAUGACAGAAUCUCUGUACAGCCACGGAGGCGAGAAAUCAUUCAAGGCCUCAAAGUGCUGCCAGAUCUGAUCAAGGAGGUGUUGAGUCUGGACGAUGAGAUACAGAAGUUGGCAACUGAGCUGUAUCAACAGAAGAGCGUUCUCAUCAUGGGCCGAGGCUACCACUACGCCACCUGCCUGGAGGGAGCUUUGAAAAUUAAGGAGAUCACGUACAUGCAUUCAGAGGGGAUUUUGGCUGGAGAGCUGAAGCAUGGGCCACUGGCUCUAGUGGACAAACUCAUGCCUGUCAUAAUGAUCAUCAUGAGAGACCACACGUACACCAAGUGCCAAAACGCACUGCAGCAGGUGGUGGCAAGACAGGGCCGUCCAAUCGUAAUCUGCGAUAAGGACGACUAUGAAACCAUCAGCAACUCCAGCCGCACCAUCAAAGUGCCUCACUGUGUGGACUGCCUGCAGGGAAUUCUCAGCGUCAUCCCUCUACAGCUGCUCUCCUUCCACCUCGCUGUGCUCCGCGGAUUCGACGUUGAUUGCCCAAGAAACCUGGCCAAGUCUGUGACUGUUGAGUAAACACUUCCUGAUCGAUGCCCUAAACACACAAACCCACACACGCAUAUUCCCAAGUACAGACUAUCAAAACAUGAAGACAAUGAGUUUUAUACACGCCAGCUUUCAUAUAACGUUCCUAAAGAACCUGAAGUGUACCUCCUAUCUCAAAUCUCAUCUCAGAGCAUGAUUCUGGCUUCAUAUCAUUGCUGUUGACUGGAAUGUGAUUAUUUUUAUUUUUGUCUUUUAGUGGUGGCGUGUAUGGGGUGGCGAUACUAGACCUAAACCUAUAACAUGUUUGUCUUAGGGCUGUUUAUUGUUUGUUUGCUCUAUUCAUAAUAUUUGUUUAGCCCAGAAAGACUUCUAGAUGCUUAUCAUCAAAUACACAUAUGCAUUUGUGUAGCAAAGAUGGUGUUCCAGUUUGCUUUUAGUAACAAAAGAGGCUCAAAACUCUCCAUUAGCUGCUUUCCAUAUGAGAAAAAAAAGCAGGAUUCUAGUGAAUGUGGCACUGAAAAAAAAAAAAACUGUGAAUCAGUGCUUAGUGGUAGUUUGCACACUAUUUAGUUUAUCCGGUUUGCUGCUAUUUAAGGGGAUGCACUUGUUACUGAUGAACAUGUUUUUCCCGGGAUGACCUCUAAUCAUCUGGAUUUUCAUAUCCACAGGGAUUUCCAUAGUUAACCUUCUUUACUCAGAGCACACAGUGACCUUUAGGGGCAUGGAUAAAUGAUUGCUAUUGUCUGAAUUUUAAACCAAUUCUGAUGUCCACUAGAGUUUGGUCUAGAGAUCCUGUCUUAUCAAUCAAUUGCUUUGAGAUAUUAAUAUAUAACUUUCAUGGUUUUUAAAAUAGUAGGCUAAUACAGUAAGGUUAAGUACUUUUAUUAGCAUUUCUAAUCUUGGUUCAUGUUAAUUUCUAUUUUUAACAAACAAAGAUAUAUAAAUUAACAUAAUGUAUUCUGAACAAUCAUGAAUUAACAGUUAACCGUAUAUUUAUAAAUGACCUGGAUUAAUAAAUGCUGGAAAAAAAAAAAAAAAAAAGUUCAUGAUACUUAUCUUUAGAGGCUUUUUCAGUCUUGUUGCAAAGACCUGAAUGAAUCCCUGCCGGAAGGAAGGCAAAAUGACUACAACCCUUGUAGAUGCAUGUGCAUGAAGGGUCAAAUAUGAAGUGAAUGUAUGAUCUGAUUUACAGUAUGUGGCUACAUUUUAAUUCAAUUUCUAUGUGCUUUUGCCAAACUGGGUCAUAGAAACGGUCAUGUUCGGUUUAAUUUCACACAAGGAAAUCUACUGGCGUUUUAAAAUACCAGUCAGCCAUUUCUAAAUGAAAUUAAAUGUUUACAUUGCAUGAUGAAGAGAACGAAAUGUUUGAAUAUUGCCUUUUGGAGUACUAGCUAUCAGUUCCCACAAAAAAAAAAAAAAAAAAAAAAUCAUAAAAAUGAUUUAAACACAGAUAGUGAUAGUGAAUCACUGCAGUUGGUGACUCAACUGUAUCGGUAGUUACUGUAUGAGUGUAAUAUUUAUAAUCAGUUACUGAGAUUAACACUUUAGUUGUGUACUUGAAAUAUAUGGAUGAACAUUUUGGCUUCCGUUCUUUGAUUCCUUUAUUUUGGGAAAUUCAGAGGCCUUGUUACAGUGUGUCUCCGGUUUACAGUAGUACUGCCAAAUGACAGAAAAAAAACGAGAACAUGAAGUAUGCUAUGUUACAUAAAGCCUGCCCCAUACAACGCCACCAUCAUUUUGAUUGUUUCCAUGGGACCAUUUUGUGUUUUGCCUUUCACUUGUUUUGUGUUUGGGUAUAGAAGGGUUAUAUUUUAUAUACUACUUUAUUUGGGAUUAAAAUGCUUAUGUACUUCCUUUGAUUCAAAUAUUGUGAUUUUUAAAUUUCAUGAUUACAUUACUAUGUUGUGCAUAAAAUCAACAUGAAUAAAGAUUAUAUCAUCUGAAACUUCUGUUCAAAGCAUCAGAUGAGCGUUAACCAAAAAUAUCUUCUAUUAGUGGCAUAUAACCAAAGGUUGAAGAAGGGGCAUAUGGGGCAAUAGCUAUGAAGGUACAAUUACAGUUCUGUGGUUAUAUUCUUGUUAUAUUCUGAGACUAAAUAUUUAAGUUAUGCCAGCUCAUGGAAAGGGUUUUAAUUUUACAGGCUAAAAUACUAGUAUUGCUCUUUGGUCUGUGGCGCAUUUAACUGCAUUGCUUUUAGAUUUUACAAGAGCAUCUUAUAUAUGUGUAGCUUUAUCUUUUCACCUUGAAGGAUUGUGUGGUAAGUUGUUUUCCAGAUCAGUUCUGUCAUCCACACACAACAUUCCCCCCACCCCCAAUUUGUAGUACAAAAAAAGGUUGUCCAGCCUCUGUGUUUGGGCAGUGUGUACAGGAUUUAAAAUUAUGAUCAAAAAGUUAAUAAAACAUUCAGUCUUUCUAACUCUCUGGUUGCUUUCAUUCAACUUUGGCCAAGUCAUACUGUGGGGAAAAAUGCUUUGUCUAGAGUCAUUUUACUAGGGUAAAAAAUAGGGCAUGGAACUCUUCUUUUUCAAGGAGGUGCUUGCCCUUAUGUUAAGGUCAAACUAAAUAUUAUGUGAGCUGUUUUAAUUUAUUUUCACAUUACAAAAAGUUUGUAAUUUUGCAGUAGUCUUACCAAACAGGCAAUACACAGUUCUCGAAUCUGAUUGGCUGAGAGUCUUUUCCAGCCAUGUGAUAUUCUUCUAAUAUCACACAGAAUUCUGUAAUUCUAAAUUCUAUAAUUUAGGGUACAUUUCAAGUUUAUCUAUAUUUAUUUCUUCUAUCUAAAUAACUUAGAAAAAUAGAUUGAGUUUAAAUUUAACUUUCUUUCAAAUACGAAAAUGUUUAAUUUUAUUAAUCUCUGCAAAAAUCUUCUGUCAACUGUUACUAGGCAAAAUGGUGAAAUGGUGUCAACUAUGUUACCUGUCAACUAAGUUACCCUGUAGUGCCAACUCAAAUAAAAUACUUUGUGAUCCUA